AUGCACCUUGAGUGCCAGGUAGCUCCCGAUCUUCCCCCCUGCAGAGGCCUGUCUCACUCGUUACGUAGAGAUACCCUUGCUCGGCAUGUCGCCACCCACGGCACUGGCGCCGAGGGGAUACUUGGACGUACCAGAGGCGCCAAUGCCUGCCUACCGUGCUCGCGCGACAAGGUCAAAUGCAGUGGCGAGGCUCCUUGUGGCCGCUGUCAGAGCAAAGGCCGGAAUUGUACUUAUCGGGCUCGCGAACGCAACAGUGGAAUGAGAUCGUCGCAGUCUGAUCAGUCAAUCAGUGCUCGAUGUACCUGGAGCUCGGACAGGAAUUUUCCUCCGGUGUGCGAAAGCGUUAACGGCGACCACCAGGCCGUUGCCACAUCCCCCGCGAUGACCGAAAUACCGCCCGAAUCGACGGACUUGGAAUACAGCGCGAACUGCGCGCCGAGUCACCAGGAUGAUCUCAUCAAUUGUCCGACGGUGGGGAGUGUGCCUCUGUUCCCGGAUGUUGACUUUGGUUUUCCCUGGACACUGGAAUACGCCGACGCUCUCCAUAACCCCAGCCUCUGCGACCACCAGCUACUCCUUGACCUUGGGGUCCAGUACCCAUGCUCGCCUCUGCCGUCGACCCCCAACACAGCCAAUGCCCAGGAUGAACAUCUGGAUCUGAGACACUCACCACAUCCAACCCGAGGGCGAGCCCGCGGGGGGUCGAUUGGAGAGAAGCGCCAAUGCCGCGGCUCGAAUACCAUUCAACCAUCAAUCAUGGAAGCAACAGACGAGGAUAUCACCGCAGCCGAGACCUUUUGCCACGUGAGAGCACAGCUCGGCGAUCAAUUUGAAGCCAUUCUAGCGGGUUAUGAAACUCAUUUGGAUGGCCGGUUCAAGGACACUCCAUUUCCCAAUAGGACAGCCUUCAAUUCGUUUAUACAGCUGUACUACGAAUAUUUUGACCGCCAGUUGUGCUUUAUUCACCCAUCGGCCCUUGAGCAGCCGGAUGUUCCGUGGAUUCUAGUCCUAGCUGUGGCGUCUGUUGGGUGUCAGUACACGAAACUGGCUAGGAAAGAACAAUAUGCUACCAUGCUCAUGGAGCUUCUUCGCGUGUCGUUACCGAUGGAUGCCAUGAAAGCCAAAAGCUACGAUAUUAUAGUACUGGCACAAUGCUCUUUGUUGGCUGUUGUCAACCUCAUGUUCACCGGCUUCAAAGAUAAUAUCAUCAACCUGCAAAUCCAACGAGCGUGGCUUGCUACCUUGGAGUCGGGCGGAUUUAUAUCUCUGAUUAUCGCACGUCACACCAAACUUACACGUGCAUUUGCCAGUAAUCGACUAUGCUUCCCUUUCCGGAUGUACUUUGGAACGCACGGAACGGAUCUCAAUGGAGGGACCUUUCGAUCUCGUGCACCGGUAUCUGAAGACGGGCUACAAUCACAGAAUCUGAAAGAGCUUUUCUCGAUGCCUCCAACCCCAAGAGAUAGUUCUAAUAAAAUGUCAGAAAUCGGGAAGCUCUCGCAGUUACUCAUGUUGUUUGUGGAAGAAAAGCGCGUCAUAGCCGCAAGCCAAUCAUCCAUCCUCCGAGACUUCACUGACGACGACCAAAUCCCCAGUCCAAUUGUGAAACCGCUGUCAUAUGCCGCAUUGAACCAGAGGUACGAAUCGCUCAGACCAGCAGUUUCGACGGUUAAAUUGACUCCGUGUAUUUCGGAUACGAGGGAUACAUUCUUUAAUCUACUUUUCAUCCUCCGACACAUCCCGCUAGGAAGACUAUAUACAUAUUCUGGAUGGUAUGCAUCUGAGCCGGAUAUUUCCGCGGCACGCAGCUAUCUUACGACCUGGCUGCGGGAGAAUCCAAUGCUCGCGAGGGAAUGUGUAGUCCACGCCGGCGCCCUACUUGGAAAAGUCCGGUCAAGCGCUGUAUCAUCGUGCUAUGACCCGUUUUGUCUGCUGAUAGCUGUGCUGUAUCUGUGGAUGUUUGAGAGACUGCGAUCAGCGUCGUGCGUCGAGCUCCCACAACCACCAGAGACUAGUGGACGAGUCACGAUGCUCAAAGUCGACCAGUACUGUGAGGAGAGAACGAAGAAACGAUGGGUGGAGGGCGAUUCGAGUGUCGUGCUUCAUAUCACUGGUGUGGGAUUGCUGUCUAGCCCCGGGGGAACAAGACGCCUGUUACAGGAGUUUUUGCGAAUCAUUAGCUCGCGCACGGCGUGGUCGGUCCUGCGUAGGGGCUUGGUGGCUUGCGUUGGUGAGCUCCUCAAUGACCUCGCUCCCAUAACCGCUACGCAACAACUGGUGCAUUCAUGA